CAAUCCACAGAUUCUGGGAAGUGCUCCUCCUUGAGAGGACACCUAGCUCAAGAGGAGGAAAGACAAUAACAGUUAGGUGCCUUGCUGGAACGAAAGCUCCUCUCCUAAGAGUGAGGCCAUUCUAGUGAGAAGACAGAUGGAGCUGUCCUCUGUGCUUCCCUGCAAGAGGUGUACUCCCUGGCGGGGGCUCCUGCUCACAGCCUCCCUCUUAACCUGCUGGCUCCUGCCCACCACUGCCCAAGUCUCCAUUGAAUCCUUACCACCCCAGGUGGUUGAAGGAGAAAAUGUUCUUCUACGUGUUGACAAUUUGCCAGAGAAUCUCAUAGCCUUUGUCUGGUACAAAGGGCUGACAAACAUGAGCCUCGGAGUUGCACUGUAUUCACUAACCUAUAACGUAACUGUGACGGGACCUGUGCACAGUGGUAGAGAGACAUUGUACAGCAAUGGGUCCCUGUGGAUCCAAAAUGUCACCCAGAAGGACACAGGAUUCUACACCCUACGAACCAUAAGUAAUCAUGGAGAAAUUGUAUCAAAUACAUCCCUGCACCUUCAUGUGUACUUCUCCACUUUGACCUGUGGACGCGCUGCCACCUCUGCUCAGCUCAGUAUUGAAUCAGUGCCGACCAGCAUCUCUAAAGGAGAAAGCGCUCUUCUCCUUGCUCACAAUCUCCCAGAGAAUCUCCGAGCCAUUUUCUGGUAUAAAGGGGCGAUUGUGUUCAAGGACCUUGAGGUUGCUCGAUAUGUAAUAGGCACAAAUUCAAGUGUGCCGGGGCCUGCCCACAACGGCAGAGAGACAAUGUACAGCAAUGGAUCCCUCCUGCUUCAGAAUGUCACUCGGAACGAUGCUGGAUUCUACACCUUAAAAACUCUGAGUACAGAUCUGAAAACUGAAAUAGCCUAUGUGCAACUCCAGGUGGACACCUGUUUUAUGAGCUAUGCUGGCCCUCCCACUUCUGCCCAGCUCACUGUCGAAUCAGCGCCUACCAGCGUUGCUGAAGGAGCAAGCGUUCUUCUCCUUGCUCAUAAUCUCCCUGAGAAUCUCCGAGCCAUUUUCUGGUAUAAAGGGGCGAUUUUGUUCAAGGACCUUGAGGUUGCUCGAUAUGUAAUAGGCACAAAUUCAAGUGUGCCGGGGCCUGCCCACAGCGGCAGAGAGACAAUGCACAGCAAUGGAUCCCUCCUGCUUCAGAAUGUCACUCGGAACGAUGCUGGAUUCUACACCUUAAGAACUCUGAGUACAGAUCUGAAAGCUAAAGUAGUACAUGUGCAACUCCAGGUGAACACCUCCUCGUGCUGUGACCCUCUCACUCCUGCCCCACUCACGAUAGACCCAGUGCCACGGCAUGCGGCUAAAGGGGAAAGUGUUCUUCUUCAAGUUCGCAAUCUGCCAGAGGAUCUGCGAAUGUUUAUCUGGUUCAAAUCUGUGUAUACCUCCCAGAUCUUUAAAAUAGCAGAGUACAGCAGAGCCAUUAAUUACGUCUUCAGGGGCCCUGCACACAGCGGAAGAGAGACAGUGUACACGAAUGGAUCCCUGCUGCUCCAGGAUGCCACUGAGAAAGACACAGGCUUGUACACACUACAAAUAAUAUACAGAAAUUUCAAAAUUGAAACAGCACACGUUCAAGUCAGCGUGCACACCUGUGUUCACCCUUCUACCACUGGCCAGCUUGUAAUCGAAUCGGUGCCACCCAAUGUUGUUGAAGGGGGAGACGUUCUCCUACUUGUUCAUAAUAUGCCAGAGAACCUUCAAUCCUUUUCCUGGUACAAAGGCGUAGCCAUUGUCAACAGACAUGAAAUCUCUCGGAACAUAAUAGCCAGUAAUAGAAGCACAUUGGGGCCUGCUCACAGUGGCAGAGAGACAAUAUAUUCUAAUGGCUCUCUUCUGCUCCACAAUGCCACCGAGGAGGACAAUGGAUUAUACACCUUAUGGACUGUAAACAGACAUUCUGAAACUCAAGGGAUACACGUGCACAUCCACAUAUACAAGCCUGUGGCACAGCCCUUUAUCCGAGUCACUGAAUCCUCAGUCAGAGUGAAGAGCUCUGUGGUCCUCACCUGCCUCUCAGCUGACACUGGAACCUCCAUCCAGUGGCUCUUCAACAACCAGAAUCUGCGGCUCACACAGAGGAUGUUGCUGUCCCAGACUAAGUGCCAACUCAGCAUAGAUCCCGUCAGGAGGGAGGAUGCUGGAGAGUAUAGGUGUGAGGUCUCCAACCCGGUCAGUUCGAAGACGAGCCUCCCAGUCAGCCUGGAUGUGAUCAUUGAGUGACCCCCCACCUUCUCUCAUCCUACAGCAGAGUGGGGGACAUUUCUUUAUCAAUGGGUACAAAAUGGAGCAAAAUUAUGUGGUGAAAAUUGUCAGUUGCUACUCAGGUACAGUCAGCAUGUUGAGUCAUGUCUGUAUCCCUAGGAUAAACAUGUACAAGGACAAGCCAGAACAUAGAGACUCAGUUUCCAAAAAAAAGAAAACAUCAAUACAGUAAACAGUAUUGUAGUGGUGUUAAGAGUUAGGUUGUGGAUCAAAUACAUAGCCAAUCCUCAGAAUCCAUGGGAACUAAUUUCAGGAGCCACCAAUAUUCUGUAUGCUCCAAGUCCCCUGUUAGCAUGGUGCAGUGACUUCAUAGAGAUAAAUGCAUCUUUUGCAUGCUUAAGUAUAUUCUGUGUAUAACUAAUUCACAUAGUACCAUUACUGUCUGGGCACCAGUUAUCCAUGUGAAGAAAGGACAAGCAACAGGAGAAGGGACUGCCCUUUCCCAGUGGACAUAACUUGUGUCUAAAUAGUUUUGAUCCACAGUUGGGUGUAACAUUCAUAGCAGAGACCCAACUCUGGACUCUGUAUAUCCUGACAGUGGCAUUCAUAAGAUUCUUAUUCCUGUUUUUUCUUCCUUCCUUCCUUCCUUCCUUCCUUCUGAAGGGCAUAUAUGGGAUUUCCCAUUUUGAGUAUUUUGAAGUGGGCAAUUAACAUGAAACACACUCAUAUUGUCAUGUGACCAAUAAAUGUUGUCCAUUCUCAAAGCA